ACGUGGUGGCACGGAACAUAGUGAGAGAAGGAAGUGGUAGGGUUGUCUGUGUCCGCAAUUCGCGCGCCGCGCACGCGCAAGCCGUUGCGAACGUUUAAAUUUUUGGAUUUCGAUCUUAUGAAGGCACACCUGAGGCGUACGAAGUGAACAGUGCAUCAGACAGUGCUGUGAAUAAAUUAGUGACCAGUGAUUAAAAGACUGAAUGCUUAAGUGUGAGAUUAAUUUUAAGUUUCGUACAACUUGAGUCAACGAUUAUUUACGAAAAUGCACCGGACACGAUGGACCUUUCUCUGGAUGCCGAUUUUACUGGCAGCAUCGGCGUGCGGGAGCAACAUCUUGAUGAUCACUUUAGGUGGCACCAAGUCACAUAAGAUGCCUUUUUGGGAACUCGCUCGAGGCCUUAUUAGAAGGAGUCACAAUAUCACGUUAUUAAGCGCCUUUCCUCCGGACUUCCACAUCGAAGGUCUAGAAGAAAUUGCUCCUGAAGGACUGGUCUCUUAUGUGCGGAACUAUAUGACCUGGGAUCUAGUUGGUGCCAGGAUGAAAGGGGAAGAUCCACUUCCCAAGAAAGAUAUAUUUCGAUAUGGAUAUGAGGCUUGCGACGCCUUCUACAGUGAUUUUGAGACGAGAUCCUUUUUACGCUCAGGAAGGAGUUUCGAUCUCAUAAUGCUCGACGGUGCAUUUCCUGAAUGUGCUUUAGGUAUAGUCUAUCGGCUGAAAGUGCCGUUCAUGUACAUCAACACUGUUGGAUUCUACGCUAUGCCCUUCAGCAUAUCUGGGAGUCCUACUCCGUUUUCCGUGACACCGUUCUUUGGAAAAGCCUUUACAGACAACAUGGGAAUUAUAGACAGAGCAUUGAACACAGCUUGGUAUGUAAUGGCAUAUUCAGCACACAUUUUGAUGACAACAGUUCUACAAGGCAUUUUGCGAAGACAUUUUGGUCCUCAAAUGCCACAUGUUUACGACCUGUCAAAGAAUGUUAGCUUCAUCCUUCAGAAUGGACAUUAUUCCGUGUCGUAUCCAAGACCAUACUUGCCCAACGUUGCUGAAGUGGCAUGCAUUCAUUGCAAGGAAUCAAAAAGAUUGAACCCGGAACUUGAAGAAUGGAUCUCAGGAGCCGGGGAGUCUGGUUUUGUUUAUGUGUCCAUGGGAUCAUCAGUGAAGACAUCCAAAAUGCCAUUAUCAGCCCAUCGUUUGUUCGUCAAUGCUUUGGGAAGAUUGCCCCAAAGAGUUUUGUGGAAACAAGAUGGUGACCAAAACAUGACUGAUAUACCUUCGAACGUGAGACUGUACAAAUGGCUACCACAGCAAGAUUUGCUUGGUCAUCCAAAGAUUAAGGCGUUUGUGACUCACGGUGGUCUUCUCAGCAUGUUUGAGACGGUUUACCACGGUGUUCCCAUAGUCACUAUCCCAGUAUUCUGCGACCAUGAUGCUAAUGCUGCCAAAGCUGAACUCGACGGUUACGCAAACAAACUUGAUUUGCAACAUCUUACAUCAGAUAAGUUGUACAGAGCGAUCAAAGAAGUCAUCAACGAGCCUCGGUACAAAGUAGAGGUGCUGAAACGUCAAAUACUUUUGCGGGAUCAAAAGGAAACACCUCUUGAACGCGGUAUUUAUUGGACUGAAUACGUCAUUAGACACAAGGGUGCUUACCAUUUGCAGUCGCCUGCAAAGGACUUGAAUUUGUUUCAGUAUUACUUGAUAGACGUUGGCUUGUUAUUUAUAUGUUCAAUAUUCUCCAUAUUUGCUUUGGUGUCGUUUGUUUUAAGAGUAGGAUUUAAGAGUUUAGCAGACUAUGUGCAAAACAGGAGAAUGGACAAGUUGAUAAAUAAGUCAAAUUAUCUCUUGAAGAGGUCUAACAAGCUUAUAACCCAGACAUCGUUAGCGAAAAAGAAGCUGUGAAAACUAUAAAUAUUCCAAAUAACUAUUGAGUAAUAUUUAUAAGAAAGGGAAAGACGACUUGCGACGCAAGUAUGAUACAUUUUUCCGCCCCUAUUAUAUCCGUUUGUUUCCUUGCGCUAAACAUCUUCCAACGCUUUGUCAAGUA